AGAAUGCCUGGGAGUCCGUGCGCAUUGCCUGCGGCAUGAAGUCCGGUGACGACGCACAAAAAGCGUGGAAGCGUGUACGCGACAGGUAUGUUCGGGAGGUCCGCGCCAUUGAAGCUGCCACAAGGAGUGGCAGUGGCUUCGUCCGGAAAAAACAAUGGGCCUUCCUGGAAAUGAUGUCGUUUUACGAUAAACAUAUCCGACCCAGGAAGGCAACCACCAACGUAAAGGCACCACCUGUGGGCGACACAGCACAGUGUCUAUUAAUGGAAAUGGUGGAAUCUUCUCCUGACGACUCGACCAUUCCCACUGACUUCGAGCCUGCCCAAGAAGAGCUGCAGUGCAGCCCCGAGGCUCCUGUCCCAGCCACGCCGUCCACCUCGGUUGUAUCAACAUCAAGCCCCUCGAGGAGGUCAUCAGGCCAGUCAUAAAGGUGCCCAGGACCCCCCCAUUCUGCACGUAGAAGGGAGGUUGACACAAUGGAGAGAGAACUUCUAAAUCAUUUAAGGGCUAAAAUGACACAGAACGAGGCGUUUGCCUACUCUGUAGCACAAUCUCUAGAUCGUUGGGACGAGGUCACCA